CUUGAAACCUAACAGCCACUUGGGCUGUGUUCUCUGAGGAUGGCCUCAAAUGGAUGCAACUUCAAAGCAGCGUAGAACUCAGAAACCCAAUAUUUAUGCACACUUACCAGCAAGCGAUAGUCUUUUUCAUAGUAGAAAACAAUUGUUUGAAGAAAUGGCGAGUAGAGUUCAUUACUCCAUACAAAACAACUUCUGUUUCUUAUCGUCAUCAUCUUCGUCUCAGUUAUACAAUUCGAUCAAUUCCAGAGGUACCCACCUCAGAAAUCGAAUCCAUCUUCGUAAAAACUUGUUCUCAUCGUCGUCCAGAAGAGGAGCUUUGUACUGCACUUGCAGCAGAAACGAGAGCGAAAGCUUAGAGCCAUUUGUCCUUACAACUCCGCUUUAUUAUGUAAAUGCCCCUCCCCACAUGGGCAGCGCCUACACCACCAUCGCCGCUGAUGCCAUUGCCCGUUUUCAGAGACUUCUUGGGAAGAAGGUUAUAUUUAUCACUGGCACAGAUGAGCAUGGAGAGAAGAUUGCUACUGCCGCUGCUGCCCGUGGUUCCAGCCCAAGUGAACAUUGCAACGUAAUUUCACAAGCUUACAAAGCUCUUUGGAAAGAUCUAGACAUAGCUUAUGACAAGUUUAUCCGGACAACUAAUCCUAAGCACGAAGCUAUAGUGAAAGAAUUCUACUCUAAGGUUCUUGCAAAUGGCGACAUUUACCGUGCUGACUAUGAAGGACUUUAUUGUGUCAACUGCGAGGAAUACAAGGAUGAGAAAGAACUGAUGGAGAACAACUGUUGCCCUAUGCACCUAAAGCCAUGUGUCCGGAGGAAAGAGGACAAUUACUUUUUUGCAUUGUCAAAGUAUCAAAAACAGUUGGAAGAUACUUUAGUGCAAAAUCCUGAUUUUGUGCAGCCUUCUUUUCGUUUAAAUGAGGUGCAAGGUUGGAUCAAAAGUGGCCUGAGAGAUUUCUCGAUUUCCCGGGCAUCAGUGGAUUGGGGUAUUCCGGUUCCUAAUGACAUAAAACAAACUAUAUAUGUCUGGUUUGAUGCUUUAUUGGGUUAUAUAUCUGCACUGUCAGAGGAAAAGGGGCAACCGAAUCUACAGGCUGCAGUCUAUUCAGGUUGGCCCGCCUCGUUACACUUAAUUGGCAAGGAUAUAUUGCGUUUUCAUGCAGUUUAUUGGCCAGCUAUGUUAAUAUCAGCUGGAAUAAGCCUUCCUAAGAAGGUGUUUGGCCAUGGAUUCUUGACAAAGGAUGGCAUGAAGAUGGGAAAGUCACUAGGAAAUACGCUUGAACCCAAUGAUUUAGUGAAUAGAUUUGGACCCGAUGCAGUCAGGUAUUUUUUCCUCAGGGAGGUGGAAUUUGGAAAUGAUGGGGACUACUCAGAGGACCGUUUCAUCAAUAUUGUCAAUGCUCAUCUUGCUAAUACAAUUGGAAAUCUUCUUAAUCGUACACUUGGACUCCUGAAAAAGAAUUGCCAGUCAACUUUGGCAGUUGAUUCAGCUAUUGCAGCUGAAGGGAAUGAGUUUAAGGAUACGGUGGAGAAACUGGUUGAGAAGGCCCAGGUUCAAUAUGAAAACCUCACAAUAUCAUCAGCGUGUGAGGCUGUGCUUGAGAUUGGUAAUGCUGGAAAUUUGUACAUGGAUGAACAUGCACCAUGGUCACUUUUUAAGCAAGGGGGUGCUGCUUCUGAAGCUGCUGCAAAGGACCUUGUAAUUAUAUUGGAAGCAAUGAGGAUUAUAGCAAUUGCGUUGUCCCCAAUCACACCAAGCUUAUGUUUGAGAAUAUAUACCCAGCUUGGCUAUUCGGAGGACCAAUUCAAUGCUGCUACAUGGAGUGAAACCAAAUGGGGUGGACUAAAGGGUGGUCAGGUUAUGGAUAAACCAAAACCUGUCUUUGCUAGAAUCGAAAACCAAACAGAAGGGGAAGAUGGAGGUGAAGCCACAAAGAAAGUAGGUAAGAAGAAGGAAAAGAUACCACAAAGUCAGAGCAUGGCUGGGGCCUAGAAAUUUUGGCUUGGAAUCAUACAUUUUUCAUCCUCUUUAUGUAUAAUCUGUAACUGAUUCAGUUUGCAUUACCACUUUCUUCUGUCUCUAUUUAUUGAUUCAUUGUUGGAUCAGGAAUAAUUUAGUUAAUCACUUGGUUUUGUGAACUGCUCUUUCCUCCUUAGUUUAG